GCCGCGUACGCGUCACUGAUUUAAAAAGUUAGCGUUCUAAGUUUAAAAAUUAAAAACAUCUUACAGUUUUUUAGCAAGUUUUAGGUUAUGUUUCGUAAAGUGAAUGUGAGUUAUAGUGGUACGUUUUACAAAAUGGAGUUUUAAAACAGUUUUUCAGUCAUAAACUGUUUCGAAACAGGAUUUUCGUGACAUAAUUUAAUGCCGCGAUGUCGCUGCCGGACCUGACGUCAGCGCGCAGCUCGCCGACGCCCCCAUGUCCUGAGUGCGACACCAGCGCGUCUGUUACAUCCGAUUUGCACAAGUACCAAGUAGCCUGCACAUGCAAGCCUUCAGCUGCGUACGCGCGGGCAGACGACCCCGGCCCCCCGCCGCCCGCCAAGCCUGACACCCCUCCAGCGUUACCACCGCGACCACCGACCAAUCUGCUCACUGGUAGAAGGAACAAUGGUAAGAGGAACCUUCUGUAUUCCAGUACCAAGUAGUCUGCAAAUGCAAGACUUCAGCCGCGUACGCGCGAGCUGACGACCCCGGCCCCCCGCACCCGGCUAAACCUGACACCCCGCCGGCGUUACCACCGCGACCACC